UUUUGUAAUUGAAAGCGAGCGGCGUCAUGGCGGAUGAGAAGAAAGCACAGCAAACCUCCAAGAAGGGCGCGAAGAAAAUCAUCAAGAAGACGUCAGCGAAGGGCGGCAAGAAGAGGAAAAGGACCAGGAAAGAAAGUUACUCCAUCUACAUCUACAAAGUGAUGAAGCAGGUCCACCCCGACACCGGCAUCUCCUCCAAGGCCAUGAGCAUCAUGAAUUCGUUCGUCAACGACAUUUUCGAGCGCAUCGCGGGGGAGGCUUCCCGCCUGGCCCAUUACAACAAGCGCAGCACCAUCAGCUCCCGGGAGAUCCAGAGGGGGGGGUGGGGUAAGAAACAGCCUCAAACAUCACAUACAGCCUCUUCCCUUGUCAGUAGAGAGACAGCAGAUUAA